AGACCACAGCUGCGUUCCAGGCUCUGUGCGUGUCUGGUGACAAUGUUUCUUGUGACUGGGCAGCCCAACCUCAUCGCUGAGGCAGUGCGUCUGCGUUUUCAGGAAUCUCGACAUAAUCAGGAUAUGGAAGCAUUGUAUUUGGCGCAGCAGGCUACGGAGCUCUACCAGCAAUACGUGUCGUCUGGGGACAUCACAGACCUCGACUGUGCUGCCCUGAUUUUUGAGGAGGCCGUUUGCAUGAUAGCGGAACAGCAUCCUGCGCGUUGCGAAAUUCUCAAAUUUUUGGCUAGCAUGUUUAUCCUCAGGUUCCGGCAGACUAGUCAGAGCAUGGAUCUGGAUCGUGCUGUCGCAUUGCUGGAAGAGAUGAUGCCACUCGUCUCGACCACUGACGAACAUGUUUCGGCUAUUUUGGGAGCGGUCGCCAGUGGUCUCUUGGAACGAUUCGUGGACACGUCUCAGAGAGCUGGAGACCUCGAGCAGGCGAUUUCAAUGUAUCGAAAGGGCCUCACGCUUCUCCCCUUCCCGCAUGCCCUUCGUUCGACCUCUUUGAACAAUCUCGCGUCUGCAGUCCUGACGCGAUUUGAGCGGACAGGACAAGCGGUAGACCUCGAGGAGGCCAUCUCGCUUCACAGACAGUCUCUCAUGCUCCACCCUGCCCCGCAUCCCCAUCGUUCAGGCUCUCUGAACAAUCUCGCUGGUGCAGUCCUGACGCGAUUUAAGCAGACAGGACAAGCGAUAGACCUCGAGGAGGCCAUCUCGCUUCACAGAGACUCUCUCAUGCUCCGCCCUUCCCCGCAUCCCGAUCGUUCAACCUCUUUGAACAAUCUCGCCAAUGCAGUCUGGACGCGAUUUGAGCAGACAGGACAAGCGGUAGACCUCGAGGAGGCCAUCUCGCUUUACAGAGAGUCUCUCAUGCUCCGCCCUGCCCCGCAUCCCGAUCGUUCAACCUCUUUGAACAAUCUCGCCAAUGCAGUCUGGACGCGAUUUGAGCAGACAGGACAAGCGGUAGACCUCGAGGAGGCCAUCUCGCUUCACAGAGACUCUCUCAUGCUCCGCCCUGCCCCGCAUCCCGAUCGUCCAUCCUAUUUGAACAAUCUCGCCAAUGCAGUCCUGACGCGAUUUGAGCAGACAGGACAAGCGGUAGACCUCGAGGAGGCCAUCUCGCUUCACAGACAGUCUCUUAUUCUCCGCCCUGCCCCGCAUCCCGAUCGUUCAACCUCUUUGAACAAUCUCGCUGGUGCAGUCCUGACGCGAUUUGAGCAGACAGGACAAGCGGUAGACCUCGAGGAGGCCAUCUCGCUUUACAGAGACUCUCUCAUGCUCCGCCCUGCCCCGCAUCCCGAUCGUUCAACCUCUUUGAACAAUCUCGCUGGUGCAGUCCUGACGCGAUUUGAGCAGACAGGACAAGCGGUAGACCUCGAGGAGGCCAUCUCGCUUCACAGACAGUCUCUCAUGCUCCACCCUGCCCCGCAUCCCCAUCGUUCAGGCUCUCUGAACAAUCUCGCUGGUGCACUCAAGACGCGAUUUGAGCAGACAGGACAAGCGGUAGACCUGGAGGAGGCCAUCUCGCUUUACAGAGACUCUCUCAUGCUCCACCCUGCCCCGCAUCCCCAUCGUUCAGGCUCUCUGAACAAUCUCGCCAAUGCAGUCCUGACGCGAUUUGAGCAGACAGGACAAGCGAUAGACCUCGGGGAGGCCAUCUCGCUUUACAGAGACUCUCUCAUGCUCCGCCCUGCCCCGCAUCCCCAUCGUUCAGCCUCUUUGAACAAUCUCGCCAAUGCAGUCUGGACGCGAUUUGAGCAGACAGGACAAGCGGUAGACCUCGAGGAGGCCAUCUCGCUUCACAGAGACUCUCUCAUGCUCCGCCCUGCCCCGCAUCCCCUUCGUUCAACCUCUUUGAACAAUCUCGCCAAUGCAGUCAUGACGCGAUUUGAGCAGACAGGACAAGCGGUAGACCUCGAGGAGGCCAUCUCGCUUCACAGGCAAGACUCUCUCAUGCUCCACCCUGCCCCGCAUCCCCAUCGUUCAGCCUCUUUGAACAAUCUCGCCAAUGCAGUCCUGACGCGAUUUAAGCAGACAGGACAAGCGAUAGACCUCGGGGAGGCCAUCUCGCUUUACAGAGACUCUCUCAUGCUCCGCCCUGCCCCGCAUCCCCUUCGUUCAACCUCUUUGAACAAUCUCGCGUCUGCAGUCUCGAUGCGAUUUGAGCAGACAGGACAAGCGGUAGACCUCGAGGAGGCCAUCUCGCUUCACAGAGACUCUCUCAUGCUCCGCCCUGCCCCGCAUCCCCUUCGUUCAACCUCUUUGAACAAUCUCGCCAAUGCAGUCAUGACGCGAUUUGAGCAGACAGGACAAGCGGUAGACCUGGAGGAGGCCAUCUCGCUUCACAGAGACUCUCUCAUGCUCCUCCCUGCCCCGCAUCCCCAUCGUUCAGGCUCUCUGAACAAUCUCGCGUCUGCAGUCUCGAUGCGAUUUGAGCAGACAAGACAGGCGGUAGAUCUCGAUGAUGCGAUCUUCCUUUUUAGAGAAGCCCUCGACUGUCUUCCUGAAUCACACCCUGCUAGAUGUGCCACUCUUUACCAUCUGGCCCUCAGUCUCCUCAAGAAAAUCAGCUCAAAUGAUUCUUCUUCCAAUGACUCCCUGAACGCCGCUAUCAACCUGUUUCGUACCGCAGUCAGAUGUGAAACCGCAUCUGUACUGGAUCGCUUGAAGGCCGCUCAACUGUGGGCGCGCCAUGCAGAUAAACUCAACCACGCAUCUGCAUUGGAAGCAUAUCAGGCGGCCAUUCAAUUAUAUCCUCUUGUUUCCAUGCUCGUCUCAAGUGUCAGUUCUCGCACUCAACUCCUCGCCGAAAAACUAGAUUCCCAUCUCCCCAAUGAUGCAGCGGCGUGUGCUAUCCGGAUGGGCCAUCUCGAGCAGGCUGUUGAACUCCUUGAAGAGGGGAGAGCUGUUUUUUGGUCGCAGGCCUUGAAGCUCAGGACUCCCUUGGAUGAUCUUCGGCCGGCACAUCCUGACCUCGCGCAACGAUUCCAAGAUACAUCUCAGGCUCUGGAGCGACGCUCACUUCAACCCACUCCAAUGACUAUACAGGACAAUGCACGAGGCGUAAUGACUAUGGAGGCUGAGGCUGCGGCAUUCCGUCGACUGCACGAGGAUUGGUUAGCGAGACUCGAAGACAUCCGGGCUCUUUCGGGAUUCGAGGAGUUCAUGCGUCCGAAGAAAUUUGCAUUAUUGAAGCGAGCUGCAUCUCAUGGACCAGUCGUUCUUCUCAAUACUGCCAGAUCAUCAUGCGAUGCAUUGAUAGUCACGUCAGCUGGCAUUCAGCACAUUCCGCUUUCCACUGAUGAUCGAUCUCCCUCGGAUGCUAUCGUUCUUGCCAACUCCAUACUGAGGGCUCCGCACGCAUUAUCGAAUUCGUUUCCGCAAGAUCUCCUGGGUACCCUAGACACACUUCAUCAAAAUGCACUGAAGGCUCGUGACAUUGCUCUAUCCGAACAAGACCGUCACUGGAAUAAGGGUGGAAAGCCUCGUCGAACAACUCAUUUGAGUCCAGACGACAUUAUCAAUAGGGUGCUGGUGACACUAUGGACAUUCGUCGUCAAACCAGUGGUCUGCGGAUUGAAGCUCGAGAGAUCAGAGUCACCGCCGCGAGUUUGGUGGUGCCCAACUGGCCCAUUCGCGUUCCUCCCGAUCCAUGCAGCUGGAAUUUAUGACCCAGAUCUAGGAGAUCUCAAGAACGCAUCAGAAUACAUGGUGUCAUCUUACACACCGACGCUCAACGCCUUGCUUGUUUCUCCACCCACUACAAGCGCAAAUCCAUUCAGAAUGUUGGCGGUCACACAACCCAAUGCCCCGAGGCAAGCGCCGCUGUAUAACGCCCAAAUUGAAAUGGAUAAGAUCGAGGCACGCGUACCGGCGUCGAGCCUCAUCAAGCAGUGUUCUUCAUCGGCAUCCGAGGUUCUGUCCUCCCUUCUGAAUAUCUCCAUAGCACACUUUGCAUGCCAUGGUGUCCAAGAUCCCUCCGAUCCGCUCGAGAGCGCGCUGAUUCUCCACGACGGUCCUUUGAAGAUCUCUAAAAUCAUGGAAAUGGCUCUCCCGAACGCUUCCUUGGCUUUCCUCAGUGCAUGCCAGACUGCCAAAGGAGACCUGAAACUUGCCGAUGAAGCGACACAUCUUGCGGGGACGAUGCUAUUCUCUGGAUUCCGCGGAGUGGUUGGUACUAUGUGGUCCAUGUCUGAUCCUGACGGCCCCGUGAUUGCCGACGAAUUUUACAGUCACCUUUUUGAAGGUCAUCAAGACGGCUCACAUCCCGACACUACGCAAGCCGCUCGAGCGCUGCACCUCGCGGUGAAGAAGUUGCGUGAAAAUCUUGGCGACAAGUCUUUUUUGCGAUGGGUUCCGUUCGUUCAUUUCGGGUUGUGA